AUGAUUAAUGAAGAAAUAUCAACAAUUUUUGUUGUCGGUUUUCCUGACGAUAUGCAAGAGCGAGAGUUUCAAAAUAUGUUCAUUUUCUCACCAGGUUUCGAAGCUGCAACCUUAAAGAUUCCUCAAAAGGAUUCUUCGGAUGAUGAUGCAUCUGCCAAUGGUAGCUCUAUCGGAAAUGGAACAAUUAAUGGGAAUGGGAAUAAUGCACGGAAGCAAAUCAUUGGCUUUGCCAAAUUUCGUACUAGGCUUGAAGCGCUUGAAGCUCGUGACAUUCUUAGCGGCAGAAAAGUUGAUGCCGAAAAGGGUUCUGUCCUCAAAGCUGAAAUGGCAAAGAAAAACUUGCAUACCAAACGUGGCCUCUCUAACGAACAGAAUACUACUUUUCCUCUACUUCCUCCCAAUAAACGGUUUUCUGCGCCAAACAAUAUUAAUACUGCCACCGCUACGUAUGAUGCUUUUCAUUCUGUACCUCCUCCUUUUGCACCUCCACUUCCAAGUGAUUUACUAUCUCCUCAAGAUUACGGGUAUGAUUUUUAUUCAGACGUCAGCGUUUAUACUCCCACAACACCUACUACGCCCGUUUUUCCUGAUCAAACACCUUUCUCUUCUGCUCGUGGCUCUUUCGAUGCAACUAAUGGCGCUAUUGGUGGUUUGGUCGGCGCACCUUCUUCACGUCCUAUUAAUAACAGUGUUAGAUAUGGAAAAGGCUUUUUUGACAAUGGCGGCGAUGAUUGGAAUUGUUACCUUUCAUCAAAAUCAAAUCCUGUCGAAAUAGGUUCCAAGACCGCAAAGAAUCAAUCAAAUGGAUUUAAUUCCGCUUUACUAGUUGGUGAUGACUUGCCCCAUGCAAUGUCUACCCUUUCCAUUAAUACCACUAUUCCCUCAUCAGUUGUCUCUUCAUCCCCGUCAAUUCCUUCUCCUGGUUUUCGUCCUCCUAAUCCUGCUGACCAAAAUCCACCAUGCAACACUUUAUAUGUCGGUAAUUUGCCAAUGAAUACCUCAGAAGAUGAACUCAAACAAAUGUUUUCACGCUGUCCUGGUUUCAAACGUAUGUGUUUUCGUACGAAACAAAAUGGGCCAAUGUGUUUUGUUGAAUUUGAGGAUGUUCAUUAUGCAACUCAGGCAAUGAAUGAACUCUAUGGUAACCCACUUAGUAAUUCGGUCAAAGGGGGAAUUCGGUUGAGUUUCUCCAAGAACCCAUUGGGAGUAAGAAGCAAUAAUAAUGGAAGUCAUACUAGUCUCAAUAGUUUCAACGGAGAAAGAAGAGGUUCAGCUUAUAGUCUCACUGAUCGCAGAGAUUCUACCUUCAGUUUGGAUAGACGAGAUAGUACUUAUAGUUUGACUGAUAAUCGUAGAGAUUCUUUUAGUUUAGAAAGAAGAGAUUCUACUUUCAGUUUAGGAGGUAGAGAUUCUGGUACUGCUUUUAGUCACGCUGACCGUUUUAAUUUAGAAAGAAGGGAUUCCUUCUUGGGACCUGAAAGAAGAGAUUCUUUAUUUUUCGCUCCAGAAAGAAGAAAUUCUUUCUCUUUCGAUCCACAAUUGGCAUAA